UACCGCCACCCGCUCCUACACGUACAUGACGUAUUUUUGCCGCCGCCACCCGCUCCCACACGUACAUGCUCGCCGCCGUCAUGGUUAUCAUGUUAUCAAUUACGCUUAUCAUUUUAUUGUACAUGCACCAUAUUAUUGUACACGCAGCAUAUUAUUGUACAUGUAUUCGAGCCACCACCGUAAAUUUCAUUUAAUAAUAUUUGAAAAUAAUUUUAUGUGUUUCUCCGACUAACAUACAAUUCUCAGUAUGUCAUCAUCUAUUCUUCAAAGGUUUCACUGAACAACCAUUGUGUAUAAAUCUUUUGGUGGAUUAUAUUUUUAAAAUCACAUGAGUUUUAAACCAGACGUGUUAUAAAACGCAACACAAAUUAUUUUUACCAACACAGUAUACUAUUAGAUUUAUUCAGAUACGUUUAUAGCGAAACAAAUAUUUUAUUAUUUCGUUCUUGAAUACUUUAUCUACAGACUUCAGUUAUGUAAGUAUUUUUUUUUUGUAUUAUUCAUAAAUAAUUUUAUAAAUAAACAAUCCGAUUUAUAGAUGUCUAAUAAUUCAACACCAAGUUUUGGCGGCUAUGAAUAUAGAAGGAUUCUAGAGGAGAUACCAGUCGAAGAUGAUGCUCAAAUAAUGAUCGAACACGACGAAAACGGAUAUGGGGCCAUAACUGCAUCCGAAGAUAGUGGGUACUCCACUCACCGAGAGUCGCAGAUAGGUAUUUGGUAUCAUGCGUUUUCACCAAUUCAUUCACCUGCAACACCAUUACUACCACGGCCAUCUCAGGACCCUUUUCGAUCUUUGUCGCCGAUUCCGUCCGAACCAUCCUCACCCGACAUGUUCGCGGAGACAACGCCUAGACCGAUUGUGCUUAGAGUGAGAAACGAUUUGUUCCCGGAUGGAUCCGAUGACGGGUAUGACAUACAGUUGAUUGAACUCAUGAAUACGUACGAGAAUAAUUGGGGCGAAGACGGUAAUGAUGAAGAGAUGAAUCGUCAUAUGGAUGCAUAUGAAGGUUCAAAAAAAACAAUUGUAAAAUAAAAAUAUUCUAAUAUAUAUAUAUAUAUAUAUAUAUAGUAAUAAUAAAUUUUCUUUAUAACCAUAUAACGUUUAUAUUAUUUCUUAAAUUUCAUUUAAUAAUAUUUGAAAAUAAAAUCGUUUAUAUCACCGGGUAACAUACAAUUCCCGGUAUGUCAGCAUCUAUUCUUCAAAGGUUUCACAGAACAACCAUUGUGUAUAAAUCUUUAGAUAGACUAUAUAUUUCAGACCCAAUAAAUUUAUUAUCCAGUCGUGUUAUAUAACCUUGACCAGUCGUAUAGUGCUAUUAGGAGUUUUAAAAUAUUAUUUUACUUGAAAAUUGAAAAUGUGUCGUAUUCACGAAGAUAACCGUUUACCAACACCUACUGGAUUUACUACAGCAAACGAGAACAUUUUCCUCAAUGGGUAAGUUAUAAUAUUUAAAUUAUAUUGAUAUACAUAUAUGUUUAUAUUUUUAAUUUAUACUUAGUGAGAUAAA